AUCAUGGGUGUCUUUACGGGGACAGUUGCUGUUGGCAUCUUACAUUCAAAGGCCAACUGUGAAUAAUGUACUUAAGGUAAUCAUCCUUAAAUUGUAUUGAUGAAUAGCUGACAGAUGUAAGUUUAUUUUAUUCAAAUAUCAUCCCUUAAAUUCAAAUUGUUGCUAAGCAAAAGAGCCAUUAUAGCAAAAAGUGUUGCAACUGUCCCAGGUCUCCUCUAUUCAAUCAAUCAUUAUGUAUGACUGGCAUAGAUAGUUUCAUAAUUACUCACGGCAACUGAGCGGAAAAAAACAUUCCACCCUGUGCUGUUUUUAACUGACUCCAAGAGCGGACGCAAUCGGACAUGGUCGGAAAUGGCAUCGACCGUUUCACGAAGCAUUCGGAAUUCAAGAUCGGAGAGCGGACGCAAUCGGAAAUGUUCGGAAAUGGCAUCGACCGUUUCAAAUGGCAACGACCGUUUACGAGACGGAAAGUCGCCUCGCCGACGUCUGUAGUUCUUCCACGUCCACAUCAAUUUGAAGUAGACUGAACCACAAGAUGGAGGAGAAAGGGAUUGUUGACCGCGGUUGUCUCCCGCCGGAGCCUCGCUGCCGAGCGCUUAGGCACCACCGCCUCCUGCAGUGUGCAGCGCCGAGGCGGUGAUCGCUCAGCAGCGGGAAGGAGGGCUCAAGCUGGAGACGUUCGCCGGCAACAACCCCUUUCUCCUCCAUGUCGUGGUUCAUGUACUUCAGGGAGUAAUAGGUAGGCUAGGGGAACUCAUUAAUGUUAGAAAACCUCAGAAAGUGACAUUUUCAUGCCAUGGGAUCUUUAAUAUAUACACACACACAAUGUAGAUGGACUCCUACCUUGAAGAGCUGAUGAGAGGAGAACAAGGCAAUGGCACACAGAACGAUGUUUGAACAGACAGACCACGCAUCUACAGAGGUGGCCAUUGAGGAUAACAGCAGGGAUGAGUACUAGUAGGCUACUAAUGACAGCAUGGACGGAAGAACUAACGUUAGCAUACCAAUUCAAACUGUUUGACGUUUAUUCAGUUGUUGCAAACCAUACACUUGUGUAUUUACUAACUUAGAUUUGGAAUAUUUCCUCUUAUGCCAGAAUUUGAGUAAUGUGGUGAACUUCAGCCUGCAGACCUGCGGUUUGUUGUGAUCUGGAGAGCACAGUGCGCACGCGCACUGAGUACAGUGCGCAUGCUCGGGAGUUCAAACAGCAUGGCGGCGGACUGCUUGACAACAAUAACAGAGCAAUGGAUACGACAUAAACUAUACUUAAAACAUCCUUAUCUGGGGGACGUCAGAUCACUGAGGCUUCCAGGAACAUACGAAGAAAAGAUCCGACAUCUGGGGGAUGCAUUGACCAACUUUAUCCGUCUGAAGAGCCUCGACCUCUCCUACAACGCUCUUGUGUCAGUGGAGGUACGUCUGUCCGUCUGCCUCGACCUCUCCUACUACGCUCUGGUGUCAGUGGAGGGGUUGCAACACUUGAAGAUGCUAGAGAGGCUGAAUCUCUACUACAACCGCAUACCCACCAAGGAGGAGGUCAAAGUCCUCUGUAAGCUGCCAGCAUUAAAGGAGUUGGACCUCAGACUCAACCCUUUGACCAGGAGGGAUCCAAAUUAUCGCCUUUCUCUGAUCCAUGCCAUGUCCAGCUUGCGGAAACUGGACGAUUGUCCAGUCAGAGAUACUGAGCGUAAAGUGGCCAUCAUGCAGUUCCCUUCUGGCUGUGGGCCUCCACAGGGCCCACACUGUCCAGAUGAGUGUCCUCAUCUGGACACUGAGCAGAGAAGCAGAAACCAAAGAGUGUCGUCUGUUGAACGCUUAACAAAGAGGCUUUUUGAUGUCCCUGAUGAUAUUGUGAUGAACUUUGUUGCGAAGAGUAAUGUUGGUCAAAGUAACACACAAUCUCCGUCUUGCUCUUCCCACGAGAAUUUGGAGUCUCUUCCUUAUCUAAAACAAGAAACUGAGGAAGGAAGAGUAAUAAACAUUUCUGACUCUAUUAAGACAUCCCCUCAGGAAAUGGGUAAAUCCAUCCUGAGAUUCAACAAGACCAAAUUUGUAACAGAAAAACCGAGGGUGUCGUUUGGCCCCAUCGUAGAGAAGAUGUGCAGAUCUCUCACUGGAAGAGCAAAGCACAAGGAGAACACGAGACAAAUGAGACUCCAAGCCAAAGGCCAUUUCACCCCGAACCCCAGCCAGAAGCCUCAGCGCUGUAGUUCUCCAUUACACAACCUUCAGCCUCAUAGCCCGCCGAGGUCAGGAUUCCAUCUCUCUGACCAAUCAAACCCCAUCCUGCACCCGGCAAGAAGAUCCUACUGUGGCCUCAACAGAACAGCAGGGGGCGCCACUGCCUCUCCACAGAAAGCUGACCAGCACAAAAGAGGUAGCUACAGGAAGCCACUGGAAAUGCUUCUUAACCUUGUGGACAAGCACUGGGCGGGGGAGAGGUCGCUUCAUCAAAACAGCAACUUCCUGUCACAGGCAGUCCAGAUCCUCUCCAUGAUGGAGGAUGACCUCUCGGUCCAGGAAGCAGAGGUCACGACCUUGAGGUGGGAUGUGGCCACACUGCGCCAUGGGGCGGAGUUACGAGAGGAGGAGCAUCGGCUGGAAGUCCUGGGGCUUUCGUCUCAAGUGGAGGAGACUCAGGGGGCCGUGGCCGGGUUCCAGGAGCAGCUGAGGCUGGUUCUGGAGGAGAACGUGGGCUUACAGAAGCAGCUGAUCAGACUGGAGCAGCAGUACCUCAAGUCUCUGAUGAAGAUUUCACCAAUCGAUCAGAUAAAAGAGGCUCAGACGGAAGUGGAGGAGCUGAGGAGGGAGAUCGAGGGGCUGAGGGAGAAGGUCCGAGAGACGGAGCGAGUCAACGAGUUGACCAACAUGCUGCAGGAGAGCCACAGGUCGCUGGUGGUCACCAACCAGAGGUUACUGGGGGAACUGAACAGCAGUUUGCAACAUGGAUGAUGUGAUGGACAAAUCAAAAUGUCUGGCAGUAGUGAGGACUAGUUAGAAAGGAAAACAAGACAACGUGAUUAUUGAAUGUAUGAUAGAUCCAUGUGGAUCCAUAUUGAAGCGUUCAUGAUAUUUAAUAUUGCUGUAUAGUAUUAAUUUACACCAAUAACUGUUAUCAUUAAUAAAGUUCACAAUGUAAUUGUUUUACGUAUUUUAUU